AUGUUUCAAUCACCACCAUUCUCUACCGGCAAUAAUUCUCAAUAUACCCGGUCGUUUAUGUUUCAACCACCACCAACCAUCGACGUUGUAGAGUCUUCUAACGUUGAAUCAGAAUCACCAAUUGGGUCCACUACAGAUUCUCAAGUGCCAGGCAACUUCACUCAAGAUGGUCUAGAAAAUAUUACUUUUACGGAAGAAGGAGAACGUUCAACCCAAAAAAAACAGCGUCUCAAGUUCUUAGAAGAAGAAGAUAAAUUGCUUAUUCAGACAUGGCUUAAAUUUCCAAAGAUUCAAUAG